UAGUGAACCGUCGUCUGAGUUGGAUAAACAACAGCGCAACGCACAGACAGGACAAGUGAAGAUGGCCGCCACUGAAGCCGGAAGCCCUAGACGACUGGGUCUUAAUCUCAACCUGAGCGUACAACCUCACGCGGCCGCAUAUCACUGGCCACAUUCGACAGUGGCCGAAGACACUUCACCGUCCCGGUCCAAAGGCUGCACGGACGAUGAUGAAGACGACGACGAAGACGAUCAUAACAUGGACGAUCGCGAUAUGGAUGACGAUGACAUCAAUGACUGCCGACAGGAUGAAGAUUGUUCGCCCGAGGAUGAACAAGAUAUUUUGGAAAUGCAGCGCGAAGAACGUGAAACCCUCAAUCAACUCGCCAGACAAUUGGCGUCCGGUUCGCGACUGAUAACUCCUAUGCUUCAGCAUCUCGUGUACCAACACCCUGGACUCUCCGUGCAGCCGUCGCAGAUGCACCAGCAACAACUGCAACUGCAGUUACAGCAGCCGUCUGCCGUGGCCGUGUCCUUGACGACAGCCGCUCUCAACAGACAUGCGACGACGGCCGCUGCUGACUUGUCGCCAAAGUCCAGCCACUCAAGUGACGUUCCGAUGUCUGGCGGACGUUCUGCUGACGUUCAGUCACCGUCCGCGGCCCGGAAUAAUGAAGCCCAGUCAUGGACGUUCGAGGAACAGUUCCGACAGUUAUACUCGGCCGGCAAUGAAUCCGACAGACGGACCUUUUUAGACUCGCUGUUCAGUUUUAUGCAAGAACAAGGAACUCCAAUUAGUCGUCUACCCAUCAUGGCAAAACGCGUUUUGGAUUUGUACACUCUGUAUAAGUUGGUCGUCCAAAGAGGAGGCAUUGUCGCGGUCAUCACCAAGAAAUUGUGGCAGGAGAUCAUCAGAGGCCUAGGACUACCUCCUUCUAUAACGAGUGCUGCAUUCACAUUACGCACACAAUACGUCAAAUACUUAUACGCAUAUGAGUCUCGAAUGAACCAAUUCAGUACGUUGGACGAGCUGAAUAUGGCGAUAGCGGGUAACCGGCGCGAAGGCCGGCGAAACAAGUCGCUCAUGUAUUCGGACAUGCCGCCGCCACCAACCGGACAUCCGCACCACCAUCCCCACAGCCAUCACCAACAAGUACACGGUGGCCACUCGCAUUCAAUGAUGGGUGGAGGUGCCCCGUCACAGCCGUCGUCGCAACAACAACAACAACAACAACAACAGCAGCAGCAGCAGCAACAGCAGCAGCAGCAGUCGCCGUCAUCCCAUCACCAUCACCACUACGCCAACGUGCUGGCCGCCGAGGAUCGGUUUCGGCAUCUUGCCGCCGCCAUCAUCGACAACCACCAUCACGCUGCCGCCGCUGCAGCCGUCGCGGCGGCCGGCGUAGGCGUCGACCAUCCCUGUAGGCUGAGGAUGCAAUCGUGCAGUCCACCGCAGCAUCAGCAACAACAAUUGAAAUUGCAACCGGAAUGCAAGACUUCCGCGGUCGCGUUGCACCAAACGCCCCGAUCGCCGGCCGCCGCCGGACUUCCACCACCGCCACCCAUGCCACCGUCAUCAAUGUUCAACGGCCACCAGCCACCAUCAUACCAACACCUYCAUCAACAGCAGCAACAGCAACAUCAGUCCAACGCCGUYCAGUCCACCAACGAGCAGACAAACAAACAAAGAGAGCUCCUCAGCAUGCUAAUGUGGAUGGACAUAGUCAGAGCGAAUCAAACCGCAAUACCAAGACUACCCAUUUCGAGCUUGCCGUCCAGUCCAUCAGCUGCUGCAGCGGCGGCGGCAGCCGCUUAUACGGCGGCGGCGGCGCUCAACCUAACGCCCACGUACAAGGGACAGCCGAUGACGGUGGCUGUUGUGCCAGAACAGAGCGAAGCGUUGAACUUGGGCAAAAAGAGGACGUCGAACAACAACAACAGCGAAGACGAGGACGUAGACGGUGACGGUUCGGGCGAGUAUGAUGGCAGACGCGAGUCGAUGUCAUCCGCGGCGAAGCGCAUCAAAACGGAACGGUCUUCGCCACCCAUCAGUGGCUGUUCCAGUGAUGACGAGAAGGCCGUGUCAAAGACGAUGAGCAACGGAAGUCCGUCGCCACCGCAACCUUCGGCCGCCGACGAUUCUGAGUACAAAUCUGAUGAGAUGAGGCGCAGCUCUUCACCGAUCGACGAAGACGUGGUCGAGAUGGACAUUAACACGUCGGAUUCGGCUGCAGGUUCGUCCAAAAACAAUGGUUUGGCGAUUUCUGUGACGCGCAGAACUAAAAAYGGCGUGUACAUGGGCCAACUCACCAAGAACAACGCAUUGGUUAAUGGAGGAUUAAACAACAACGUGAAUCCAUUCGUUUUACACCUGAACGGUGAUCUAUACACCGGACAGUUGCAGUUGCAACAGCAGCAGGUGGCCAAUAACUGAAGACGUUAUGUAUCUCUCGCACCAGUUAUCGGCGAAGUGCUCCCGUGCAAAAAUGAGGAAUUCGUCUGAUUAUUAAACGUUAUGUCUAUAUAAUACACAUGUAAUAUAAUAUACAUCGUAUUAUUUUAAUACAAUUCGGACAUAGAAAUAAAGACCCAUUCCGCCAAUGUCURUAUAUAGUAUACACGUCAUCAUAUAAUGAUGAAGGUACAUUGCAACAUUCGAAUAUAAAACGAGAAAUGUUAUAUUCCUUCUUCGUGAUUAGCGUUCGACUGAUUUUAUUUUAGGUGAUAUUAUUUCGACAGCGUAUUGUCGAAAAAUAUCCCACUGUCUACAUAUCGAGUUAUAUCCAUGGCUGAUUUAUGACAUAAUAAUAUUAUUUCGGCCAGUAACUGUGGUAACAACACACAUUCAUUUUGUAACAAUAUUGUCAUAUUAUUAUUGUAAGUUGUAAUAUAAUUCAUUUAUAGUGAAUAAUAAUUUUCUUCCGAUAUAUUUUUUAUACGUGUUUGAGUUUGAGAUAAAUAGAGAGUUUGAUAUUUACACUUUGUAUGAUUCAAUAUAUAUAUUAUAAAGAAAUUGAAAAAAAAAAUGUGAAGUUUGAGUAUAUAAUAUAUUAUAGUAGCAUUUAUAUAGUGCGUAUAGUGUAGUCAUUUUGAAGUUUUUGUACAACUCGUGUUACGUCAAAAGUUUCUUUUUAUAGAUUGAUAAUAAUUGUAUUAUACGGUCUKGUAGGAUUGAGAACUUUUUGUGUGUGCUUAAGUAUAUUGCGUAUAAAUAUAUUUAGAAUGUGUAAACCGAAAUCGGAAAGGUUCGAAAGACUUGUGGACACUUUUGUCCAUAAAAAUUUGAUUGUGAAAGUUUUUUUUUUGUUGACUCAAUUUUGGUCAGCUGUAAGGUUGGUCUGUGACAGAAAUAAGACCUAAAAAAUAAAAACCAUUUUAUAGAAUUGUAAAAAGGAUUCAGUUGAAAAAUAAAUGAAAUCUCGAAGUCAUUCGAAUUUCCGAGAUUUUAUAUAUUUACUUACAUAGUUACAUAAUAUUAUUACUUAAUAAAGGUA